AUGGGCAGGUCCCCGUGCUGUGAGAAAGCUCACACCAACAAAGGUGCAUGGACCAAAGAAGAAGAUGAGCGUCUUGUUUCCUACAUACAAGCUCAUGGUGAAGGUUGCUGGAGAACCCUACCUAAAGCUGCUGGCCUCCUUCGUUGUGGAAAAAGUUGUCGUCUUCGAUGGAUUAACUACCUACGCCCUGAUCUCAAGCGUGGAAAUUUUACUGUUGAAGAAGAUGAACUCAUUAUUGAACUGCACAGCCUCCUUGGUAACAAGUGGUCUCUUAUAGCAGGUAGGUUACCAGGUAGAACUGAUAAUGAGAUAAAGAACUACUGGAAUACACAUAUGAGAAGAAAGCUUUUAAGCAGAGGUAUUGAUCCUUCGACUCAUAGACCAACCAAUGAUCUAGCUGUUGACAGCAUGAGCACUUCCUUUGGUGCAGUUUCGAAAGAAGAGAAGAUUGCUGGUGUGCCCACAUGCAAACACCAGGAAAACCCAUAUGAAGGGAAGUGCCAAGAACUGAAUCUUGACCUUAAAAUAUGCCCCCCCUUUCAACACCAAUCUGAACCAUUGAAGAGCAGAGGUAGGGAAGAUCUCUGUUUCUACUGCAGCCUGGGAUUGCAAAACAGCAAGGGAUGCAGUUGCAGUGGAGGUGACAGUGGUUUUGCUAGACAUGAAUAAUGGUGUUUUGGGUUACAGACUUCCUAGGAGGUGGAGGUGAGACUUACAGUAGUGGGCUUCAUUAAUGGUUCCUGUUUACAAGGGAGUAUGUAAGGGAUGUUAUAUUAUGUUUGAAAAAAUUUCGUUCACAAUGAAAGUACUAAUGGCUAUGAACUAUUAA